UGUAUCUGAUAUAUAUAUAUAUAUAUGGCGGAUAUUGGAUGUAGAAAUUCGGCGGCGCGUGGGCAGCCGAACAGGCUGCAGAGGAGGGCGCCGGCUUCGUUGCAGAUCUCUCCGGUGACGGAUUGGAACGUGGCGAUACCGCUUUUGUCGCCGUUGGUUCAGUCGCCCUCCUCCAAUAAUCCGACAGCUGAGAUUAAGGAGUCGACGGCGGCGAAGCCGGUGGUGGUUAUGAAGAAGUGGCAGCACCCGGCGGCGCCGUUCUGCUACGAGCCGACGCCGUUUCUGCCCUUUGUAUGUAUAGGAAGUUUAGACAGAUGACAAUUUCCGGAGCCUUUUUUGUUUAUAUAUA